UGCAACUUCGCUCGGCCACCAUUCACUUAUGCAUUGACUCUUCUUGGCUGCAGGCUCGGUUCCAGUGUGUGAGGAUGGAGCCGUGUGGACGCUGAGUGCAGCUGGACGCUCGGCUCCGUGCUGGCUGCAUGGUGCUCCGUGUCUCUGCCUGCUGCUUUCUGACGCUCGGGGUUGCAGUCUGGCCUCCAGCCGCGGCUGCGAAUUCACUUCAUUUGUCAGCGUCGCCUUGCUCCCAAAGUCAUGUUUAUUUUAUAAAGAUGGCGGUGAGGGGGACACUGUGAACUAAAUGACUGUCAGAAACAUCGCCUCCAUUUGUAAUAUGGGCACCAAUGCCUCUGCUCUGGAGAAAGACAUCGGCCCGGAGCAAUUCCCAAUCAAUGAACACUACUUUGGAUUGGUCAAUUUUGGAAACACAUGCUACUGUAACUCAGUGCUGCAGGCACUCUACUUCUGCCGGCCUUUCCGGGAGAACGUGCUGGCCUACAAAGCCCAACAGAAGAAGAAGGAGAACCUGCUCACGUGCCUGGCUGACCUCUUCCACUCCAUCGCCACACAGAAGAAGAAAGUGGGCGUCAUCCCGCCCAAGAAGUUCAUCUCCCGCCUACGGAAGGAGAACGAUCUGUUUGACAACUACAUGCAGCAGGAUGCCCACGAAUUUCUCAACUACCUGCUGAACACGGUGGCCGACAUCCUGCAGGAGGAGAAGAAGCAGGAAAAGCAGAACGGACGCCUCAAGAACAACGGCACCGCUGUCACCACGGAGACCGAGACAGAGAACAAGACGGAGCCCACAUGGGUCCACGAUAUCUUCCAAGGCACACUGACCAAUGAGACACGCUGCCUCAACUGUGAAACAGUGAGCAGCAAAGAUGAGGAUUUUCUGGAUCUCUCUGUGGAUGUGGAGCAGAACACAUCAAUAACACACUGCCUCAGGGACUUCAGUAACACAGAGACUUUGUGCAGUGAAUACAAAUACUACUGUGAGGCAUGCUGCAGCAAGCAGGAAGCACAGAAACGGAUGCGUGUGAAGAAGCUUCCUAUGAUCCUGGCGCUACACCUGAAGAGGUUUAAGUACAUGGAGCAGCUGCACCGCUACACCAAGCUGUCCUAUCGAGUGGUUUUCCCCCUAGAGCUCCGUCUGUUCAACACGUCCGGAGACGCGGUCAACCUGGAUCGCAUGUAUGAUCUAGUGGCCGUGGUGGUGCACUGUGGCAGCGGCCCAAACAGAGGUCAUUACAUCACCAUAGUGAAGAGUCACGGCUUCUGGCUGCUGUUUGAUGAUGACAUAGUGGAGAAAAUUGACGCCCAGGCCAUCGAGGAGUUUUAUGGUCUUACCUCGGACAUCUCUAAGAACUCUGAGUCGGGAUACAUCCUCUUCUACCAGUCGAGGGAGUGACUGGAUCUGGAUCAGUGACACAGGAAGAGACUAAACAGGAUGAGACCUGUUUGUUUUUGUUUUUUUUUACCUUACAGAUCCAGAUUCACCUUCACCCCCAUCCUCCUCCUCCUUCCUCCAUGUCAGACCUCUACUGACGUAUGUGCCAAUCCUCUACCCCAGCGCCUGCCCCUGGGUUUGCCUGUUCCUCAUCUCUCUCUCUCUUUCUCUGUCUCUCUCUCUGUAUAAUUUGCUUCUCAUGUUCUAGUCACCUGCAUCUGGACUGCACUUUAAGAGAAAGGCAAAAAUGCUCUACAGCAUGACAGAAACAUAAAAGGAGUGUACAUCCACAUCAAGCCCUGCUCCCUUUGGUGUAGACUGGUAGGAGAAACCUAGCAGAGGUGAUUCCCCACCAGGAACAUGACUGGGCGAAGGGUCUGGCUUGUCAAAAAUUGUACUAUAUCAUUUAUAUGUAUAUACGGUCUACUUCCAUUCAUGUGUCACCUUCCCCCCUCUCCUUUCAUUAGGGCUAUUUCCCCCCCCUCAUCACUGUUGGGUCCUUUAAAAUGUUCAUGUCCCUGGUGGAUGCAUGAGAAGCGAAUGAAGUUGGAGACAAACACUGUAUAAUAGGCACAGAUAGAUUUCAUGCAUUUCUAAUGGUUUCGAAGCAAUAUCUUAGCAUUAAUUAGUGAGAAGUCACAAGCUGAAAACUACCUAAAACGAUUAACUCCUGACAGUACGAAGGUCGUCUGUAUCCCAUAGAGAAUCACUCUGAGCUGCUGCCUGUCUAACCAGAUAUGACCCAGUACUUUAACACUACACACGAAAGGACACUGCUGUUUUUAACAUCAGCAGACCUUUCUCUAUCAAAUCAAUCUCCACUCAGAUCAGCUGAAUCUUUAUAAUUUUUUAUGAUAUUAAAAAAAAAACCUAUUUAUUGAACUUAACAUAUUUAUUACUGUUAUUUGUAAUGCUGACUGCUUGUUAAUGAAGGUUUGUGUGUGUAAUAAGGCUCAUUUCAGAGCUUACUGUCUAUGCUCUUAUGGUGUAUGUAAUACACGACUUGAUAGGACAGCUAUGGCAGGGUUGCAACAAAAAAAAAAAUUGGUUUUAUCAGUUUGUUGUUCGCAUGUUAUGUGAAAAGAUGAGACAGAUUAACAUGAUGCAAGUGAGACUAAACCCACAACUGCCUAAUUUAUCGAUUUGACAUUUUAAAAAAAAAAGAAGAAAAUAGGGCAAUAACAGGGGGAGUUAUUCAAUGUGGAAUUACCCCAUGAGACUUGAUAUACAGUAUAUUUAAAUGUUAGUAGAUGUGUUUCUUAGCAGCUGAUCUUUUCCCCCCCAGUGCUGUGUGUUUGUGUACCCAUGAUCAAAAUAAUACUCCCCCCUUUUAACACACAUAAUGCCCACUUACCUGCUGGGAUGUUUGCUGCAACGUUCUGUCAUCCAUCUCUUUUGCAACCUUACAUGGCAUUGUCUUUUUCUUUUUAUUAUUACUCCUUUGUUGAACUACAACAUUGUUUUUCUUGAGUUGUCUCUUGACUUUGAUGACGUGACUUGUGUAUUUCAUAUGUAGGACAUUGCUCCCCUAGAGGUAAAAUUCAUGUUUCAAUGUUAAUUAAUACAAUAUCCCGUGUAGAUGAUCUUCUCUUUGGCCUAUUCCCCAGGGUUUGUUGCCAUGUCCUGUAUAGUGAGACAUCAAACGCCUUGUUUUCAUGUCAAUGACAUUCCUAUUUGCCGCACAUCAGAGGAUAUUACCAUUUCAAACGCAUCUCAUUUUAAAUAAGAGGUAGGACUAGGAUUAAUCUGUUAGUUUAGUGUCUGUGUCUAUACAGGAAAGACAGAAUUUAAGGUGAAAAUAGUGAAACUCGGGAUGUUGAAUGCACUUGUUUCUGCUGUCUCUUCCAUUGAGUGUGUUACUGGAUGAAGUCAUGAGGAAUAUGUGCCAAACUGGAGUCGAUAUUGAACUUGCAACAUGUCUUUAACAGAACAUUAUUUUCUUUGUAAAGAUACAACUGUACAUAUAUAUUAUGUAGAAAACACUUCUGGAAAUAGGAAAAUAUUUUUUUAAAGUGAAGAUCUUGAAAAUGUAAAAACAACAAAAAAAACACACACACAAAGAUUUUAGCUUACCGUUGAUCAUAAAUGAAACCCUGUUAAGAAAUACUGUGCUAUUUUACAAUCACUCGAUCACAUUAUCAAUCAGAGAAUCAUACAGAAUCACCAUCUGUCAUAUUAUUGCCGUUCUUUGUCGGGUUUAACUGAGCCAGGGUAGGGAGCGGUUGAAGGAUUAGUCUUGAGACAUUUUAGACCCGUGUGAGAAGAAAGAGACUUUUAAUGCGCUGAUCUUCCAAUAACACUUAUGCACUCGCCCUCACUGAGAUGCUCAGUCGUUGCACUUGGUCUAAUUUAUCUUACUGUGAUAGUGUUCUACCUAGGAGAGCUCCACCAGGUGGGAUCUGAUUGAGCUUGUGGGAGGGAAGGAGGAGAUGAAUUUGACUCUCCAUUUGGCUGUAAACUGAAAGUGCACUUUAUUAGUGAUGAGCUUCAAUGCUUUAACAUGAAGAACCACAGUCUAAGGCCCGAUCCCAAUGUCCACGCUCACGGACUAUAAUGCGUGUUGCUGCUAAGUCUGCAAGGGCUUAGAGCUGUGCCACUGUCAAGGCUUAUGAAAUUAGUAAGAGAAAAAAAAGACUAAAAUGAUCCUAUAGUGACUCACCAUCCACUGAAAAAUGAAGUUCCAUGGCCUCCACUGUGUCUGAAAACAUAUCAAAUCUCUAGAACCCUGGAGAUUUCAUAAAAUGUUUGCUUCCGAAGUUGUGAGAACCAUAAGUGGGUUAUAGCAUGGUGACGUUAAAUUCGGAGUUACCAGGGGAUGUCUGGAAACAUUUAAAUUUAAAAAAAAGAAGAUAUACAUCAUGUGGAGCACUUGCAGCCCCUCGUACCACGCCAGACAGGUGACAUCAGUUCAGUCCGUGAGCGCUCAGGGCUUAGACCUUGAGGGGGGCAUUGGGAUUGGGCCUAACACACUCAUUUUGAGUUUUGUUUUUUUGUUUUUUUUUCUUCUGUUCAAUAAAAAUGACUAUCGACUAACUUGCUGGAGUGUUUUUUAUUUCUCUGCUGCUUCCUGAGUAGAAAGAUAAUUCAUUAAACACAAUUGCUUUCU